AUGGGGAUCAGCAAGCACAAGCCCAAAUUCCGGAGUUACGUUCCUGAGGAUGAAUCACUGAAGGAGAACGUUGUUCCUGCAGCUAAACCUGGAGAUGUAGAAAGUGAAGUCAAGUCCCAACUAGAGGCAGCUAACUCCAAAGUGGUCAUUGAAGAACUGGACCUUUCAAAUUUGGCUCCUGGCAAACCAGACUGGGAAUUGGAGCGAGACGUUGCGAAGAAACUCGAGAGGUUAGAGAAGAGAACUCAGCGGGCCAUCACAGAAUUAAUUAGAGAUCGGCUCAAGACAGGACAAACGGACCUUGCCACCAGCGUCAACAUAGGAGCUCGUGCAACGCAGGAAGAUGUUGACGAGGACUAGACACUUGUAGAUCUUAGGUUGUAAAUAUCCAUGUAAAUAAUACCAAUACAUUUUUGUACUGAACCUAA